GCUGCCACACCCAGUGUUGUGUUCAUGGGACAGACUUGACUCAUAACAAGCUGUAAUAGGACACUAUGUCGGGUUGAGCUGUUGCAGUCUGGACAAGAAAGCUGCGUCCACACACACAAAAAAAACUUUUGUUAGCUAACUCGAGACGGACUUAUGCUAACGUAGCUGGACGAGUUUACAGGACUAAAAGUUGACUGCGAAGGAAUAACAGUUAAGAACAAACAUGAAGUUGUGUUUGAGGAGUUUUUUGCUUUUUUUUCUCGUUACCGGAGCAUUAACUCAAGGCUUUGACCUGAGUGAUGGUCUGGAUGAUUUAGCACCAACGCCCGCAAAACCCAAAGAGCAACCAAAGCAGCCAGAGAAGCCUAAAACUAACGAUGACUUUGGACUCGAUUUGGGGGAUGCUCUCGGCCCAGACCCCACCCCCAAACCUGAUAAACCUGCUGUUAACCCACCAAAGACUGGAGGAGGUGGACUUGAUUUAGAGGAUGCUCUUGGCCCAGAUCCCAAACCCAAGCCUGACAAACCUGCCGUCAACCCUCCAAAGAGUGGAGGAGGUGGUGGAUCUUUCGACGACUCGGACUUGUUCGAAGUUGGUGGCGGGGACUACAAGCCCGACGGAGGCCGCUCAGGAGGGCGUGCAAUGGACCCUGGCAACGAUCCUCAGGGUGGUGCCGAUCAGCCUCAAGCAGCUGCAUCUGGACCCAUUGCGGGUAUUGUCAGCGCUAUAGGAGUGGCUCUGCUGGGAGCCGCAUCCAGUUACUUUGCUUACCAGAAGAAAAAGCUCUGCUUCAAGCUGCAGGGAGGGGCGGAUCCAGAGAGCGGUAAAGGCCAACCUGGACAGUCUGAUCCUCAAGUGUUCAGCAACCUCCUCAAGUCUUCCUAGACACCUUCUGCACCCGCACAAGACAAGUCACUGGCCGUUUCUACAAAGCUACAGUUCCUACAAAGCUUUCAGUGAGACUUUGUGUAACAUUUAUUUUUCUGUUCACUAACCUAAAAACAACCCUAAUUGCUCUUGGAACUGUUGUGAUUACUUCAACAAUUAUUUCAGCAGAUUGUGGUUUUGCACAGAGCUUUGUGUUUAUUGUGCUUUGUUUGCGUUUAACUACUGUACACAUGAAUACGUCGUUUUGUUUCGCCUGUGUAUCUUUUCAACCGUUCUCUCAAACUGCAAAUAAGCGUGUUUGGUUUAAUUUUAGGUGCUACAUCGGUAGGGUUUACUGCAUCAUACAGGUCAAGUCCCCCCACCCCCCCAAUAGCUGGCAUCUUUAAGAAGGAUCUAGCAAAGCUCCCAUAGAAAAGCUGUAUAUUUUCAUCUGCUUAUCUCAGAAUGGAUGCAUAUUCUAAGCUCACAAAGCUGUUUUUAGCCAUUAUGUCUUUAUCUGCCUCUCCUCAUAUUUUUUUAAAAAUAAUGUUGCUUUUCUUGUGUUUUGUGAACUGACCAACGUGAAUUCUCAAAUAAAAGCAGGCAUUCAAAUAAGGCAUGCGGCCGACACAAACAAAUAAAAGCUACCAUCAGUGAAGCUUCCUUAAGAUAUUUCAAACUAAAAGCCUCCUUUUACAGUGAAAUGUGUGUCUCAGGAAGUUUCAAUGAUGGUACUUUGACAGCGCAAAAAAAAAAAGAAGAAAGAAACGUAAGCAGUUGGAAAUAAUUUGAGUAGCAUUAUUUUUAUAAGAGAAGAGAAACUGUGUUCUGAGUCUGUUCUGUAGUAAUUAAAUUAGUGUAACGGAGGAAGUGUUGCCACAAAACAGUAUCAACAGCAGAUUAAUUGCAAAAGGCGAGGUGAAUAAAGGUUCUGGCUGCUAUUUGAGAAUUUAGUCGUCAUCUUUUUAUCAGCUUAACACAAAGACGCUUCAAGUUGUAUUGACGUACAGCUGGCUGUAAAUCCAGCAGAAGGAAGCUUUUCAGUGUAAAAUGUGUAAUGUGAUGUGAAGCAGAUAGAGGUCAUGAAACACAACUCAGAAACUUACCACAUGUAUACAUCUAUUAAACGUCUAUUAAAUUUAGUGAUGUGCCAUUUUAAUUGAUAUUGCUGAGGAUCUUUUGUAUCUCUUAUAAAAAUGUAACAUGCAGUAUAAGCAUCAGCUUUUGCUUUUUUUUUUUUUUUUUUUUUGUCAUGCUGGAAAUCCUAUUUGUGCACUGCAGAAUUCAUUUUUGUCUGUCAUUUGAGUUAAAAUUCUUAUUUUCUUAAACCUAUGCCAAUGCUGCCCUCUAGAAUGACUGCGGCUUUAAAAGCAACUAAACAUGAAGGCUAACUUUUUCUAGAAUAGUGCGACAAGUUGACGUAUUUUAAGCACGCCGACAUAUUUGUUUGGGUUAAGAAAAUAAGGUUUUUAGGAAUGAGUCAGAAAUGAUCCAAUGAGGAUUAGACAUUUUGCAGUCUGUGUAUGUUAUCAGGCUUAUUACUCAGCUUUGACGCUUUCCAUAGCAGCCGUGAAACACGGGCGACGGUGAUGCACUUUUAUCCGCAGUUAUAAUCGUUCUCCGCGUUAUGUUAUUCAUAAAGAGCACAUAAAGAAAUGGGGAGCCUGCAUGGAGACUUGUUUUUUUUUUUUUUUUUUUUUUUUCAAAAUAUUAAAAUGUCUUCCCUCAUGAGCUGUAAAUACUCGAGAAUAAUGUGUACAGAUGCUCUAGGCUUAAUGCUUUGUGCUUCGCGCAGUAUCAACAAUCGUGAUCUCAGCUUGAAGUGUAUUUUUAUAUUCAAACUUGUCUCAGUUUUACAAACUUUAGGUAUAUUGCAUCUGAUAAAUUGGAUCGAUGUUAUUUCUGUGAGUGUAUUAAAAGUGUGCGUGCAUCUUUUCAAUAAAGUGAUGUUGUAUAGUU